CUCCCCAGCCUCGUGAUGGUGGUGGUGCAAGCACGGGUCGCCUCGCCGAAUCGAAUCCUUUCCAGCUCUCGCCCGCCCGCUUCAAAUAGAGAGCCCUCUGCCACUUCCCGCCGGUGUCCCGUGCCCGGCGCCAGUUUGUCCGCACCUGCACCCCGAGACCUGCUCACCUCUCUGCCGCGCCGGCGCGCCGCCUGCGCCGCCGUCCUCCUAUCCUAUCCUACGCAACACGCACGCCGGUCGCUGGCGGCGGCUCUUAAAAAAACAGCGAGCCGACCAUUCCUAUUUCGUCUCGACGCGGCCGCUCGAUCUCUGGUGCGGCGUCACGGGCCGCGGGCCGCGACCCACAGCGCAAGCAGCCAAGCGAACAAAAGCUCACGGGGGGGCGCUCGCGGGCGCGGCACACGGACGGCGGACGGCCACCUCGGCCUGCUGCCGAUGAUGGCCGCUCUGCCGCCGCGGUGGAGGCCGCUCCUCCUCCUCCUCGUCGCGCUGCUCCAUGUCCUCCUAAUCGGCGGGGCGGCGGCGCCGUUCCGGGCGAGGGACGUGCUGCCGCUGCUGCCGCGGCGGCUGGCGUGGCAGCUGAUGGGCGCCACGGCCCACAGCGCCGUGGACCUGCUCCCGUCGUUCGUCGCCGCCGUGGCGCCGGGCGGGCCCGCCGCCGCCUGGCGCGGCGCGUGCUUCGAGGAGAACCAGGCCGUGCUCAGCCUCACCACCCCCGGCUCCUCCGGCGGCCGCAAUGGGACCGCCGCCGGGGGACUCAACAGCACCACCUCUGGCCUUGGUGGCGCCGUCAUCCACCUCAAGACUGCAUCGCCUCAGAGCUGGACAUGCAUGGAUCUGUACGUGUUUGCAACGCCAUACAGGAUAGCCUGGGAUUACUACAUGAGGUCAAAUGAAAACCACACCUUUGAGAUCAAAGCCUGGGAGGAAGCAGCAGAACUGGAAUAUGUAAAGCAGCAUGGAAUUGCCGUUUUUCUCAUGCCAUCUGGAAUGCUUGGGACGUUGUUAUCCUUGGUUGAUGUCGUACCUUUGUUUUCAAACACCGGUUGGGGUCAGGAUGCCAACUUGGCAUUUCUUCAGAAGCAUAUGGGAACUUCAUUUCAGAAACGUUCUGCACCCUGGUCUGCGAAUAUAAGGAGAGAGGAUGUACAUUCCGGUGAUUUUUUGGCCCUUUCAAAAAUCCGAGGGCGAUGGGGUGGAUUUCAGACAUUGGAGAAAUGGGUGACCGGCGCAUUCGCUGGGCACACUGCAGUUUUCUUGAAAGAUGAGAAUGGCACCCUCUGGGUUGCAGAAUCAGGCUAUGAAAAUAAAAAGGGUGAUGAAAUCAUUAGUAUGACUCCAUGGGAUGAAUGGUGGGGAAUGGCACUUAAAGAUGACUCAAAUCCUCAGAUAGCACUUCUGCCAUUGCAUCCUGAUGUACGGGCCAGAUUCAAUGAAAGUGCUGCAUGGGAAUUUGCCCGAAGCAUGUAUGGAAAACCCUACGGUUAUCAUAACAUGAUAUUUAGUUGGAUUGAUACAAUGUCAGACAAUUAUCCUCCUCCUCUUGACGCUAACCUGGUAAUGGCUAUUAUGUCCAUGUGGACCAGAUUGCAGCCACACUAUGCUUCUAACAUGUGGAAUGAAGCCCUUAAUAAACGACUUGGGACUGAGAAACUGGACCUUCAUGGGGUCAUUUCAGAGACCGAGAAACGCGGCUUGUCUUUCAACCAGCUGCUCACCAUACCUGAACGAGAUGAUUGGGAAUACAGCGAUGGCAAAUCAACGACGUGUGUCGCCUUCAUCCUGUCAAUGUACAAGGCGGCCGGAGUUUUCGCGCCCUUCACGGAGUCAAUCCAGGUCACUGAAUUCACCAUCCGGGACGCGUACAUGCUCAAGAUCUUCGAGGACAACCAGACGAGGCUGCCCAGCUGGUGCAACGCGGCGGCAGACAGGCUCCCCUUCUGCCAGAUCCUCGGGGAGUAUAAGAUGGACCUGCCGGAGUACAACACGAUUGAGCCCUACGCCAACAUGAACGAGAACUGCCCCUCGGCGCCGCCCACCUACAAUCGGCCGUCGCGCUGCUAGCUGAUCGGCGUACCAUAUACUAUAAGCAUAGGCGGCGGCAAAGAGGUUAGCGUCAGUUGGAGUGUAAGUGUAAAUAGACCACGCUGUUGCUGUAUGCAUGCAGUGGUUUCACUUGCAGAUGCAGGUGAGAGUAUGUUGUGUUGUAGGUGGUCAGCUGUUCGUUCAUAUGCUAAUUCAGCCAGUCAGCUACGGCCUACUGGCAGCAGUGUGCUUAGCCUUCGUUGGUGUAGAGUGAUUGCUUGUGCAGAUGAUGACAUUCAUUCCAAAAUUAGUAUGAAACGGCCGCGCAUCAGGCCUUCAGUAUGUUCAUGGUCUUUGUAAGAAUAUACCGUUUGUAAGCAUCUCUAAGGGUUCUCCCUAUUUUGUUCCUCAAAAUAUAGUGUUUGCCAUCUCCUAAA